CGCAAUUUUGUUCAUAUUAAAGUUUUAAUUGGCUUUUUUUCGGGAUGUAUCUUGAAUUUUACUCCUUCUUAUUUGUGAGGCGAAAUAAUUUUAAAAAGUUAAGAUUUCAAUUAAAUGUGCUUAUGUCAAUUACGUUUUCGACGUCCUAAACCCCGCAAAAUGUGGCUCAUUUCCAAAACUUUAACACGAGAUAAUUACUUUUGUUGAAAGAAUGUUGAAUUAGAAAAGCUCGCAGGUGGAUAGAGAUGAUGUAUAUUUACGGUGCAGUUUUCUGUUAAUACUGACAGAUUGGCCGCAUUUCACCAACUCCCUUGCCACACCGUGUUCUGAAUAGCUGAAUAUAAUGGCGUUCUUACAUGGUUCUUUUAACCGUAUUCCGCUAAACUCCUCACCCAGUAUUUCGAUCCUUUUAGAACCGCUGCCUUCCUCAGUAGUUCACUCAGCACAGCCAGCUCACAGCCACGAGUGCCACCACAAUCCACAUCAAACAGUCAGCACGUUGCCGAUAUGCUUACCACAAGGCAUUCGCAUUGUGAACACGACUCCACACCAGUUUACUGUUAUAAGUUGUCGUGCGUCCAUCUCCAAAGGAACUCGUUUCGGUCCUUACCGCGGCAGAGUGGUUCAACCCUGGCAGGUUAAAGAAGGUGAAGAUAAUGAGUACUUGUGGGAGGUCUUCAAAGAGGAUGGAAGCCUCGCUUAUUACAUUGAUGGACAAAGGGAAUCAGAAAACUGGAUGAAGUUUGUUAACUGUGCCCGAAACACCGAAGAACAAAAUCUUGUGCUGCUUCAAGAUGGCGACCAGCUGUAUUAUGAGUCAUGCCGAGAAAUUAUACAUGGUGAAGAACUGCUGGUUUGGUAUGGACACCGCUAUCAUAUGUUCAUGGGGAUUCCAACUGGAAUCAAGACUGCACCACGGAAAGAACAAAUCAACGAGACUGGACAAGGUGCGUUUGGCAGUUACUCGUGUGAACGCUGUGGUAAAGUGUUUGCCUACAAAUAUUACAGAGACCGCCACCUUAAAUACACGCGCUGUGUUGAUCAAGGAGACCGGAAGUUCCCCUGUACAGUGUGUAACCGCUCAUUUGACAAGCGAGAUCGCCUUCGUAUCCACAUUCUUCACGUGCACGAGAAACACCGCCCUCACCAGUGCACAGUGUGUGGUAAACGCUUCUCUCAGUCAUCCAGCCUCAACAAACACAUGCGAGUACAUAGUGGUGAAAGACCUUACAAGUGUCCACAUUGUGUCAAGGCCUUCACGGCUUCUUCCAUUCUACGGACGCACAUCCGUCAGCACAGCGGGGAAAAGCCCUUCAAGUGCAGGCACUGCGAGCGUGCAUUCGCAUCACACGCAGCACAUGACAGCCACGUGCGUCGCACGCACACAAAAGAGAAGCCAUGCGUGUGUGAAUACUGUGGAAAGGCGUUCGCGCAGUCUUACGAACUGAAGUUUCAUAUCAACAUGCACACGGGAGCCAAACCUUACACCUGUGAGAAAUGUGGUAGAGCGUAUAAGGCUUGCAAUGGUCCAGGAGUUCGGUUUAUAUGCGGACCAGCUGUCCCGCUUAAGGUUGAGCUUCCCUCUCAGCUGCCAGAGGGUCUUCAGCUCAUCGGAGCAACUCUCAGUACAGACACCCAUCAUGCUGUACUCUGCUCUCAACCAUUCAUUAGCAAGGGAACACGGUUUGGUCCUUACGAAGGAAGAGUUGUAGAACCAUCAGAAAUAGGAAACAGACAGGACACCGCCUUCAUGUGGGAGGUGUUCAGUGAAAACGGCAGCCUCAACCAUUACAUUGAUGGACAAAGCGAAACAGAAAACUGGAUGAAGUUUGUUAACUGUGCAAGACAUGGCGACGAGCAAAACCUGACUUUAGUUCAAGAUGGCCACCAGUUGUUUUAUCAAUGCUGUAAAGAUAUAUUCAUGGGUGAAGAACUCUUGGUUUGGUACGGAAAAUGUUACACUUUAUCAAUGGGGAUUCCCACUGGACUUAACGUUGUUGAUGUGAAGGAGGACGUGAUACCAGUAAAUGAGUUAACAGGCCCACCAGCAGACUACUCGUGUGAACGGUGUGGUAAAGUAUUUGCCUACAAAUAUUACCGAGACCGCCACCUUAAAUACACGCGUUGUGUCGAUCAAGGAGACCGGAAGUUCCCCUGUACAGUGUGUAACCGCUCCUUUGACAAGCGGGAUCGCCUUCGUAUCCACAUUCUUCACGUGCACGAGAAACACCGCCCUCACCAGUGCACAGUGUGUGGUAAACGCUUCUCUCAGUCAUCCAGUCUCAACAAACACAUGCGAGUACACAGUGGUGAAAGACCUUACAAGUGUCCGCAUUGUGUCAAGGCCUUCACUGCUUCUUCCAUUCUACGGACGCACAUCCGUCAGCACAGCGGGGAAAAGCCCUUCAAGUGCAGGCACUGCGAGCGUGCAUUCGCAUCACACGCAGCACAUGACAGCCACGUGCGUCGCACGCACACAAAAGAGAAGCCAUGCGUGUGUGAAUACUGUGGAAAGGCGUUCGCGCAGUCUUACGAACUGAAGUUUCAUAUCAACAUGCACACGGGAGCCAAACCUUACACCUGUGAGAAAUGUGGCAGAGCGUUUUCAAGUCCCUCGUCACGUGACCGACACCGUGCCAAUUUUGACUGCAUUACAAGAAAGAAUCGUGCUCCUAAAGUCAUGCGAAAGAGCCUGUUAAUAUGAUUUCUUCGUUUCUAGGAACUCUCAUUUUGUAUUGUUUUAACAGCAGUUAACCAUAUCUGCUCCAUAUUUAUGGACGAUUUUUAAGUCUUGUUGCUUAGUAGCGUUGAACUUCUGAUAAGGCUCGUUUAUUUCUGGGCUUUCCAGUUCGAUUCUGUAUUUUACUCUUUAUCAGUUUAAAACCAGCUCCGUUAAAUGCGCGGAAUUUUGCUCUAUUUUUCCAUCAUCUAGCCUGAGCUAUCCGUGAAAAUAUGUAUCGAGUGUAACGCGGACAAAUUCCGAAGAAGAACAGUUUAUCCUUAAGACUAGCUAAUAAAUUAAGGUAGAAUAGCGACUAUUACACAGUUGUGUGCCUUUCUGUAAAUGUUUCCAUUGUGAUGCAUUCUUUCCUUGGUGGUAAUGAAAACAGGCAACUUAUCUGGCUGAGACUUCUUUCAUCCAUCGUUAGCCUUCGGGGUUACAAGUGCCUAAGUUUUGGAGAGUUCUUUACAACUACUUUGCAGCAGUUGCUAACACUCUAAAACAGUGUUGUGGUCACAGUUGCGGCUGUGACAGUUUUGUUAUUUUGAAGAAACCAAAUCCAGCAACUGUUUUA